AUGCCACCUCUUCGACUCAAGCGCAAGAGCGGCCGCGUCACCCUCGUUCCAGAGUCAAACAACUCUCGUGACUUGCAUCAAGCGUCAAUCGAAAACAACAAUCGUUGCUGGUACAAACAAUUCAUGCUUGAUUUCUGGGAAGGGCUUCUCGCAGCUCUCGACAGAAUCACCAUGCUACCGUCGCUUCUGCACUCUGUGCUCCCGUCAUCAACUUCACGGCGACGUGUACGGGAUGGACUCAGGACUUACGACCGCACAAUGGACGACCUACUUCGCGAGAUUCAACGCCUGUUAGAGGCACCACUCGCAACUGCCAAGAUGCUGGACAUGUCUACGAGGCUGCAGGCGCAGUUCGCCCCCAAGUUGCAGUCGAGCGAUAUCUGUAUGCUGCCCUCAUACAACCACAAGCUUCCCUCCGGAUUCGAAAAGGGGACAUAUUUGGCUCUCGAUGUCGGCGGCUCAACGUUCCGGAUUGCACUGGUGGAGCUGAAUGGUAGGCAACCUGAUGCCAAGAACAUGCGCAUCGUUGUCAUGAAGAGCUACAAGAUCGACGAGAAGGUCAGGCAAAGAAGAGGCAACGACUUCUUUGAGUGGAUGGCCGAGAAGAUUCAGGAUGCGCUUGCAGAUCCUCUUCUGCAAAAUUCCACCGACACGAGGAGCUUUCCUAUGGGUCUGGCAUGGUCAUUUCCUGUUGAGCAAACAUCUAGUCGAAGCGCAAAUCUACUAGCCAUGGGAAAAGGGUUCCUUGCGACAGAGGGUGUUCUUGGUCAAGAUUUGAGCGAGUUGAUCAUGGCACCAUGCAGAAAGAGGGGUCUGCCCGUACACAUGGACUCCAUCAUCAACGACUCAUCAGCAACCCUACUAUCACGUGCCUACGAAGACCCUUCGACGCGUUUUGCCGUAAUCUUAGGGACUGGGUUUAACAUAUCUGUGCACCUGCCCAUCUCAUCACUUGCGACUACCAAGUACAAGGGCUACCCACAGCAAUGGCUAGAUGAGGCUACUCACGUGCUCGUCAACACCGAGUGUAGCAUGUUCGGCAAAGGUGUCUUCCCAACAACAAGAUGGGACGACCAGCUAAACGACGCGCACAUGCGACCCGACUUCCAACCUUUCGAGCACAUGAUCAGUGGUCGAUAUAUCGGAGAGAUCGUUCGAUUGAUCCUAGUAGAGGCCGUUCAAAAAGCCGGACUGUUCAGCGGAGAAAUCCCCGAUCAACUGGCUGAGACCUACACCCUCGACACUGGCACCAUCGCCGCCAUGGAGAUGGACGACUCCAAAAAUUUGAGCGGCGCCACCGCCCUCUUCCAGUCUAAACACCCUCUCAGCAAGCCACCCACCUACAACGACAUCCAAUUCGUCCGCCAGGUCUCGCAACUCGUUUCGCAUCGCGCAGCCGCUUUCCUCGCAACGGGUAUUCAUGCAUUAUGGACGCUUAGAACGGAGUCUGAGGGCUUGACUCCUGCAUCCGCUGGUCGGAUGAGCAUUGGUUGCAACGGCUCUGUCAUUGAAAAGUAUCCCUGUUUCAGAGAGCUGUGCCAGUCGCACCUUCACGAGUUGACUGCUGCAUCUGGGGCGGAACCAAAUUCAGUUUCGUUGGAGAUUGCGGUUGAGUCGGCUAUCUACGGUGCAGCUGUUUCUGUCUGCUGUCUCGAAGGACAGUGA